GACAGAAGGCCAAGUUGAAAAUAAAAGCACGUGGUUGGUUCUUGGUUGUUAAUUUAAGGUUAGAAAACAUCGAGUGUGAAUAUUAAUGUAUUAUGAAAUUUAAACGCAAAGUUAAGUCAAAGAAUUCAAGUGGAAAAAAAGAAAACAAUGCAGUUAAGACAAGGAAGGAACUUAGAAAACAGAGUAGAAAGGAAAAAAAAGCUAAAAAGCACGCUUUUUUUCAAAAGAAGAAAGCACAUUUAGGCAAAAUUCCUGUUGCUGCAACUAAUAAAGACAGAGAAACACACAAUGUGAGCUCCUUGAAGGUCAAGCAGAGAACUGCAUCGCAGAGUGUCGGAACGCCAGAACCAAAACACAGAGUAAGCCUGGAAGAACAGCAGCACUUGGCUCUGAAGAGGAAGGAGAAGCAGGAAGACAGGAGGAAGAAGCAGUACCAGAAGAACAGAGUGCAGCAGCUGAAGGCUGCAAACGAGGAGGAGGACAAGAUGAUCAAGAAGUUGGCAAAGCAGUUGAACCUGCACAAGCGCAAGCAGAAGACCGUCCCCAAAUCGUUCUCCAGCGAUGGCUUGGACUAUCUUUUGGAGGUUUGUGAUGAGGAAGGAAGGCAGAAUGCAGUCUCAGCAGAGAAAACAUUUAUUGAUAAUUCUGACUCUGAAUUUGAAGAGGACUUGGCUCUUGUCACUGGGAAAGUUGUCAAAAGGCCAAAAUCUGAGUCACUUUUGGAAGCAGAUGAUGUCGGCGACACUGCCAUGGAUAGCGACGGCAGUGGGGGGGACUCAGAUAGUGAAGAUAAUGGUUUUGACAGUGAUGCAGAACAAGGCAGUGAUUCAUAUGGUGAGAGUGUUGGAAGUUUCUCUGAUGAUGAUGAACGUCAGAUCUCUGGUGCUUCAGUUUUGAAGAAUAGUAAAAAAGAGAAACGUCAUGACAAACUAGUUAAGAUGGAGAAAGAAAAACGUAAAGAAAAACCGGGAAGUUUUGAUCAUCAGCAGGACUCUGAUGGUGGUGAUGAUGAGGAUGUUGAUGAUUUCACCACCUCUGUUCCUGUUUUGCAUAAACUGGAGAAAGUUAAAAAAGGGAAGGCUGGUAAACAGUUGAAUGGUGUUUCUGAAGUGGCUAAACAGAGAACUGCUGUGAAGAGAAGGUUGGCAAGCUGUGGCGAGAGUGGCGACGAUGAGACCAUCAACGUGAAGCAGAAAAAGAAAAAGGAACUUCAAGUCAGUGAAAGGAAGGGGAACCUGGCACAGGCUCCAGCGAGCAAGGCAACAGGCGUGAAGAAGAAGAGUGUCAGGUUUGAAGACGAGCAGUCUGGCGAAGGCGAAGAGACAGAAGAUGAGGGCGUGGGGCACGAGUCUGACGGCGGUGUGUGGGAAGAUAUUUACGGUCGCACCAGAGACAAGAAAGGAAAUGUUGUUCAGAUGGGAGCCCAAGGAAAGUACGUCCCGCCGCACCUUCGAGAGCAGACAGGUGGGGGAGAUGCCAAAAAACGGGAGCAACUUUUGCGACUGAGGAAGCAAUUGAAAGGCCUCCUCAACCGUUUGGCGGAGAGCAACAUGAACAGCAUAGCCCAGCAGCUGGACGAACUCUACAUGUCGAACAGCCGGAACGACAUGAACGAGACACUGACGCAGCUGGUGCUGGAGUCCCUGAUCUCGCCCGUGCUCGCCCCGGAGAGGCUGGUCAUGGAGCAAGUGAUGCUGGUGGCCAUCCUUCACGCCAACGUCGGCUCCGAAGUGGGUGCACAUUUCAUGCAAGUUCUAAUCAAGAAGUUUGAGUUGCUGAACAGUCAGUGCCAAGAAGUCGAGAAGAAAGAACUGGACAAUGUUGUGCUCACACUGUGUCAUCUCUACAAUUUCAGGGUGUUCCACUGCACCUUGGUGUUCGACAUCCUGGAGCGGCUGGUGGAGAGGUUCGGGGAGAAGGAGACGGAGCUGAUCCUCGUGGUGCUUAGGAGCGUGGGCUUCACCCUCCGCAAGGACGACCCCUCCGCCCUCAAGGACUUCAUACUGCGGGUCCAGCGCAAGGCCGCGGCCGGAUCCCACGCCGACGGUUCUCGAGUGAAUUUCAUGCUGGAUGUUCUACUUGCCAUCAAAAACAACAACAUGUCGAAAAUUCCAAAUUAUGACACAAGUCAUAGCGAACAUCUGAAGAAAUUAUUGAAAAGUUUUCUUCGAAAGGGAAAUUAUGUAACAGAAUUGAAGAUAUCGCUGGAAGAUCUCCUAAAAGCGGAGGAGCGAGGCAGGUGGUGGGUUGUGGGCUCGGCCUGGACGGGGGUCCUGCCGGGCGAGGGGCAGGGAGGGGGGGCCCCUGGGGCGCCGCCCCCGGCAGCCCUCGCCGCCCCCACGCAGUACAGCCACCAGCUGCUGGAGCUGGCCAGGAAGCAGCGCAUGAACACAGACGUCCGCCGCAACGUAUUCUGCAUCCUCAUGACCGCCGAGGAUUAUCUGGAUGCGUUUGAGAAGCUGCUACGACUUGGCUUGAAGAACCAGCAGGAGAGGGAGAUAGUGUACGUGCUACUACACUGCUGUCUGCAAGAAAAGAAUUUCAACCCUUACUAUGGUUUCCUUGCACAGAAGUUCUGUGACUUUGACAGGAAAUAUCAGAUGACGUUGCAGUUUUCCCUGUGGGACAAGUUCAAGGAGCUACAGACCUUCAACCAGCAACAGACCACGAACCUGGCAAAGCUUCUCACUCACCUGUUGCUGGAGAAGGGUCUUCCUAUUUCUGUCCUCAAGGUGGUGGAGUUCACCAACGUGGACAAGGCCACGGUGCGGUUGCUGCGGCAGACGCUCCUGGGCGUGCUGCUGGCCCCCGGCGAGGACGCCAGCCUGCAGGUGUUCCUGCGCGUGUCGCAGUCCGCCAAGCUGCGCGUCUUCUGCGAGAGCCUGCGCCUGUUCGUGCACCACCUGGUGCUGAAGAACACCGCCGGUCUGCCCGAGGCAGACUGCCAGCUGCUCACCCGCCGGGCCAGACUUGCCGACUCUCUGCUCAGCGCCUCCGAGCACCGCCUCGCCCUCUGAAUGGUGCGUGUGCAUGUGUCUUACUGACUUACUGUCUCUGGAAAUAUGGAUAUAUAUUUUCAAUUCCCCCCCCCCCCCCCCCCCCUUUUUUUUUUCAUUAUUUUUAGCAUGGUCUGACUUGGGUAGUGUAGCAGUAAGCUACUGCUACCAUCUACGUCUAAUGCUAUUUACGCCACACAGAUGUGUGUGAAGUACAGUAGAAUCCCGCCGAUGCGACCCCCCUCUGAUGCGUCCAUUCCGUUUAUACGACCGUUUUUUGAGAAACAGUGAAAAAUUUGAGCAGAGAAAGUCGAAAAUUUGAGUAAAAUCGGCUGAAAAACAAGUCUGUUACACUUUGUUGGGCGUUAUGUGUUCACGUUUAUCUUGGCGAGCGCUGUACUGUAAGCAGUCAGGCAUACAAAAGACAGCUAAAAAUAGAUACCACCCCUCUAGACUGUCCACGCUAGCCAAUACCGGUAAACUGCGCGCAUCACCUGAUAGCAUCUACGCACGCAUCUAUUGCCGUCCAGAUCCCGUGCCUUUGUCUUGCGACUGGUUAGUGUGAUCUUGCCAGCUGCAUCUCAGGUGUAACUGGCCACACAAAGCUGUAUUCACUGUGUUAACGAUGUCGCCAGGUGUUUGGUUCUCGGCUAUUUUUCUAUAACAUGGCUGAUUUCACACAUGCGCAGAUAAAAAAAAAAAUUGCGUGGAAUUAUGCUAUACACCUCGGACUCGCAUUCCCCCAAUCAAUGGGUUCCGAUAAAUACUCACGCUAAGUGAAUUCACGUCACGCGAGUUUGGCUAUGCUAGCCGGCUGGUGGUUAUUUUUGUUCAAAACGUGACGAAGGAACUUGUGUGGAUCAGGUAGAAAACAUUCUGCUAUAAACAAAAGAUGUAAGAACAAUGCUAUCCUGAAAUGCUGUGACAUGUUUUUGGAGUAGAUAAUCACAGCGACAGACCGACAGGAUGCGCUCCCGCCCAUGCCGUCAGAGAUGUUUAUUUUGACAGCGCAAGCAAUAAUUUUUUCUUCGUCCCUUCACAGCGUAAAAAAAAAGAAAAAAACACGGAAUGCAGAUGGAAAAGUAACUAUGUAGUAAAUUAAUAUAUUUACGGCCCUGCUAAAUUUUUCUAUUCAAUAAAAUUCGAGGUGUUAGUGAUUUUUCAGCACAAACUGCUGUGUGACUAAUAAACAAAUUGUAUCAUAAUAACUUUAUAAAGUAUUUAUUAACGGCAAAGGACAGAUGGUUUGUGGUUCUGGGAGGGAUUAACCUUGAAGAAUUAGCAGGGGAUGGAGAGGUAAGCAUCACGUCACGUAUGACAUCAAGCCGCCGCUCCGCCAGCCUGGCCGGACGAGUUUCUUAUGCUCUCGCAGAAGCUACCACAGCGGCUUUUCGUGCGGGCGGGUAAGAUAACAUGACAGCUGAGACGGCUUUUUGUGCGAUAGUGGACGCGCCGAGCUUGGCUAGAUACUGCCCGAGCGGCAUUCACGUGUAUGUAUCUGACGAUGCGGUGACACCCCGAAUUCUCUAUUGCGAUCAUUCCGUUUAUAAAUCCGUUUUUCCAGAAACCGUGAGGGGUCGCAUCAGCGGGAUUCUACUGUAGCUAAGUCUAAAUGUUUUAUUUUGUAUUGCUUUUUUUAUUUUUAUAUAGAGGCUAUUAUGCAAUUUGCACCUAGUUAAUGCCAUUUUUUUUAAUACACAGUGUUAGGUUUGAAAGAUUUUUUGAAGUUGGAGAAAUCAUUGUUAACCAUAAAAUAGCUUAAGAAAAUUAAAAAAAAUAUAUAAUACUGGAGUUAACCUUGCUGCUGGCUGUGUUUACACUUUUUUUUUUGUAAUUCUAUAAUUUAGGUUCAUUAUUUCAAAACAUAAAUUGAAUGAAGUUAUAAAUUUUAAACAGUAGUACCUUGCUCACUUGGAUGUCCGGAUAACCCGAACCAGUUUUGGAAAAAAAAUUAAGUUGUUAGUGAAUGAAGACAUGUUUUACAGGUGAUAAAUUGCUAUGCUCAGUAGGUGCAUUACUCAAAUUCACUUGCCAGUGGAUGAGUUCUUUGCGCUCAUUCCACCUGCAGUUGCUGUGCAGCAAACUGGUGAAUUGACGGUUUAUUCCAAGAGUCAAGCCGAAACGCCACAACAAGCUCCUAACGCUAAAGCAGAUGCGAGAUCAUGCUGCUUGCAAGCGAUACACUAAACUAAGGCAGCAGAAGCUCACUGCCAUAUUUUUUACUAUUGAUUAUACUUAUAGUGUGUACCAAUAAUAAUAAGAAUUUUUAAACUCUGUUAAAAAUAUUUUUGGUAAGUACAUACAAGUUCUUUUUUUUAUAGUUUUCUCCUCAUUAACCAUCCCCAGAUGAUCUGGGUUAACGAGGUUCUACUAUAUUAUAUUAUUUAAAUAGUGAAAACAUAAAAAAUUCUGUGAAGUAAGAUGAAUAAAAACUUAAGUUUAAGGUAUAUUAAGCUAGGUCAGCCAUACCGUAUUAGUAACGUAUAUUAAGUAAAUAAUAUGUAAUAGACUAAUAUACAUAAUUAAUGUGGCUGACCUAACUUAACCUACCUUUAACUGAAAUUAUCAUUUCAUUUAUUUCCCAGAAGCCACUCUUUUGCAUAAUUACCAAAAUAUUUUAUUUGUUCCCUAACAAGGUGGGGGGGGGGGGGGGAAAUUACCAAUAAAAUAAAUUUUGUUCAUUUAUCCCACUUAAAUUAGCACCAAAGAUCAACUUCCUUAAACAUUUACUGAAAUAUUCUCUACACUAGUAAGUUUCGAAAUGUGUUGUGUCUUAUGUAUUUUGAUCCUUAGUUAUAAUAGGGCAUAUUCCAUUUUAAUAUUCUAUACCCAAAAAAAAACUUGCAACUACUCGAGCUAUACUCAACUAGAAAAUUAAAAAGACAUGACUCUAAGGUGUAUAUAUAUACUCAACUCUGCUCAACUCGACUCCAUCCAAAAAUGGCAGACUUGUCCAUCUCUAGAUACUAAAGUGGAUGUAGAGUGGAUUUAUGCUCUGCACACCAUGCCAAAAUGUACGUCACAUUUUUUUUUGUCCUGUAUUGGUGGUGGUGAAUUUUUAAUGUACAAUAUUGAGUUACUGUUUACAUGAAAAAAAUGUCAGUUUCUCAUCUUUUUUUCUUUUCUUUUCAGUUAGGUGAACAUAUCACACAUUUUUAGACAUUGUAGCUUAAAGACCACAGAACAUCUUUAUGGCAUUUUAUCUAAAUAAUCACACUAUGUAUGCCUCCAUCAAUGAAAGCCACCUGACCAGUCACAGCUGCAUUUUGAUGAAAAUACAAGCACUGUAGCAUGCUGUGUUGUGGAAAAUAUUUUUGUAUUUAUUUAUUGCAUUUGUUCACGUAAACCAAUUUAGAAAAUAUCAGCUGGUUAAGGUUGGCAACACCUAUUUUUAGUUUAACUUUUUAAAAUUUUAAUUUCUUAAUUUUUUAUAUAUAUAUAUACAUAUUUUAAGUUUUAAGUAGGGAUUAUUUUUUUCUGAAGUUUAUAUGGCUGUAUGUUAAGUGUAAUCAAAACAGAACUGACCAAAAGCUUGGUAAAAGCUAAAAGGUGUUGCUAAAAUAUGUUAAACCUGCAGGAGGUGGGGAGAGGGGAAAUGCUGUGACGUCAGAAAGACAGCUGGGCAAGAGGAGAGUUGACCGUGAACUGCGGUCCACGAUGCAAAAGUUUUGGCAUUUUACUUUUGUCAAUGUUACGCUUGAGAUUACGUAUCAUGAUUUAUCGAGUGUGGUGCAUCAAGUCUACGAGUACAAUCUGUGUGUGUGUACGCUUUGUGUGGCCCAGGCAGUUUUGUUUGCUACACAACAAGUAUACUAGAGUGGGCAUGCCUGUGUUUUGCCAAAUGUGUCAAGAAUGAAAGCUUGUGUCAGAUAUGGUUUAGAGCUGUAGCAAACCGUACGUAUUCGUUACUGAGUAACGGGUGCGGCAUCUAGUAACGAGUAACGAAACGUUCCACACGAAUGCAUUUCGUUACUCGCAUCUUUCGUAUGUUUUACGCAUGCACGCGCUUAUUCGUUACAAAGAACGAUGUUUGUUUAUUAAUAAAAGUAUAAUUUGGAAAUUCGUCGUCCAAGUUUUUUUACUGUUUAUUAAAGGUAUUGUGUGUGUAGACAAAGUUUUAGAUUCGAACAGAAACAACGUAAGAAAGUAUUUUUUACAAAUUAUAAAUAUGUAUGUUUUUGUUUUUUUAUUAUCGGGUAUUUUCACGUUUUAUGUUCUUAAAAGAUAUAUUAUAAUAAAGCCGCUCUAAUGAGAUUUAAUUGUUUCUUGGUUAACAAAAGCUGUUAAUUAUCAAAUAUUUAUUUCAUUUAUUUACGCGACGUCAUACUGUACGCGUACGAAAUACGACUCGAUUCGUUGCUGUUACAUAACAUAGCAUGUGCCAUGUUAUGCGGUAUCAGAAGUAACGAGUAACGAUACGAAAGUAACGAGUACUAAUUGUUAUAGUAACGAAUACAUACGGGUACACAUUUUUUCGUUACUUUCAACGACCAUAAUAUGGUUUAUCUAUAUCAAAGUCUUCGAGCUUCUACAAACAAGUAAGUGUUGACUUUGUAAAUGGCAUAUUUGCCAGCAUCGUAAGGAUUUGAAUCUAGUGGGAAAGUCACCCUAUCCAACCAUCAGUGAGUGACAUCAUGCAGCUUUUGCAGAUAUACGUGAAGGCGAUAAAUUGUAAAUUUAUCAACCCCAACAUGUGCAAGAGGAAGUAUUUUUGGAAAACUUAAAUUUAAAGAAAUAAGCUCUUGUGAACCUCCUUGUACUGUGCUAGUUCUUUUUGUGGGAACAUUUAAAUUUUGACUCGAGCUUUAAUAAACUGCAGCUGUGAUAAUUUUUUUGUAGCAAAGGUCAAGUAACAAAAUUUAAAUUUUUAGAGUUACAAUUUUCUGAAUAGCUUUAAAUUUGUGUUAUGCUUAAUAUAGGCGUUAAAGAGUAUUGAUCAUAUCAUUUUAUUAUUAAUUCUAAUAAUCUGGUUUUCUGGUAUGGUAGUUAAACAAAAAUGGCCUUUCACGAUACAACAUGAAGUUUAAUGUAAAUUUUAUGAAUGUAAAUUAUUUUGAUAUGUGUUCUCUUAUGCUGUCAUUACUGCUAUGGAUAACUUUGUUGGUCAACGUAAAGCUUGUGAAAUGUUUUGUAAUUAAAUCAGAUGUGUAAAAUUUAAAUUUGUUGCUGGAAUACACCUUUCCUUUAAAA